CCGGGCUUGAACUCAACCCUCCUCUCUCCAUGGCUUGCAGGUGGCCAUCAAACGCGUGGCCCGGGAGAGCGUCCUGCAGUGGGACGAGCUGCCCGACGGCACCCGUGUUCCCAUGGAGAUCGUGCUGAUGGAGAAGGUGGGCUCUGGUUGCCACUACGUCAUCCAGCUCCUCGACUGGUUUGAGCUGCCUGACAGCUUCCUACUGGUCAUGGAGCGUCCGGAGGCAUCGCGGGAUCUCCUGCAGUUGCUGCUGGAGCAGGAGUUCCUGUGCGAGGAGAUGGCGCGCUGGCUUUUCCGCCAGGUGCUGGAGGCCGUGCGGCACUGCACUGCCUGCGGCGUCCUGCACCGUGACAUCAAGCCGCAGAACCUCCUCGUGGACCCGGAGAGUGGCGACCUGAAGCUCAUCGACUUCGGUUGCGGCACCUUCCUCCAGGAGCGGCCCUACACACAAUUUGCCGGAACACACGUGUACAGCCCACCCGAGUGGAUCGCCUUUGGCUGCUACUACGGCCAUUCGGCAACCAUCUGGUCCCUGGGUGUGUUGCUGUACGUCAUGGUCUGCGGGAGCCUCCCCUUCUGGAACGACCGUGACAUCGUGUCGGGGCAGCUCUUCUUUGGGCACCAGGUCUCUCCAGCGUGUGAAGAUCUGAUCCGCUGGUGUUUGGCCAAGCACCCUGCGGACAGGCCGGAGCUGGAGGACAUCUUGUGCCACCCUUGGGUGCGGGGCGGGCAUUUUUGAUGCCUUGCCGGAUCCUCUGCAGCACCCAGUUACCACGU